AUGGCGCGGCGACUCGCUUCGAUUAAAGCCUUGAGAUUGGUGGGCACCAGGAUCGCGGCGCCGGUUUCAUCCCCUGUAUUGCAUCGCUCGUUUGCUACCCUGUCGCCAUCGGCGCGUGCGUCGUCACAGUCGUGGGACGAGCUGAGCCAACCUACAGGCGAGUGGCAGGGCACGCUGAAAGCGGCAGUGACGGUGUCAGGCGUGGGGCUGCAUCUGGGCCUGCCCACCACUGUCACCCUGCUGCCCGCCCCUGCUGCCUCGGGCCGGGUCUUCCACGUGGUGCCUGGGGGGGAUGGGGGACGAAGGGAGGGGGAUGGAGGAGGAGGUGGAGUGGUGGAGAUCGGUGCAGAUGUGUGGAGUGUGGUGGACACGCGGCUGUCCACUGUGCUGGCUGCUUCCGGGGGAAGUGAGCAGAGUGAAGUGCGGUUGGGAACGGUGGAGCAUCUGCUGUCGGCUCUGGAGGGGUGUGGCGUGGACAACUGCGUGAUUCGUGUGGAGGGCGGUGGCGAGAUGCCAGUGCUGGACGGGUCAGCAGCGGAGUGGGUGCGACACAUCAUGUCGGCCGGCAUCCUCCCCGCCACACUGCACCGCUGCAACAGCACCACACGCCAUGCUGCUAGUGGCGGUGCCGAUGCUGCUGUGACUGUGGAGAGGAGGAGGUGGAACCUGCCUGGAAACCAGCCAAUCACGGUGCAGCAUGGGGAUUCCUUCAUCGCUGCGUUCCCCCGGGCUUCACCGCUUCUCACUUACGGCAUUGACUUUCCACAUGUGCCUGCGAUCGGGCGGCAGUGGGUGUCGUGGGAGCCGUGCCGCUCACAGCCGCCAGCACAACAGGGAGCAGCAGAGCAACACAGGGGUGCGGGAGAGGAACAAGGUGGAGCAGCAGAGCGGCCAGCGGGGGCAGCAGCGCAGGCGGAGCAUGGGGAGCAGGGGGAGCAUGGGGAGCAGGGUGGGGAGUGUGGCGACUAUGUGUCGGGCAUUGCGCCUGCGCGCACCUUCUGCAUCCUGGAACAGGUGGAGCAGAUGCGAGCAGCGGGGCUCAUCAAGGGCGGCUCGCUCGACAAUGCUCUCGUGUGCAGCCAAGCGCGAGGGUGGGUGAACCCGCCACUGCGACUCCCUCUGGAGCCGUGUCGGCACAAGCUGCUGGACCUCAUCGGCGACCUGGCGCUCUGUGCGCGGGGAGGGAACGCAGGCAUCCCCAAUGCACACAUAGUGGCCUAUAAAGCGAGCCAUGCUCUGCAUGUGGCGUUUGGUAAGGCGCUUAUGGGCGCGCUGGAGGCAGAGGCGAAGGGGCAUGGAGAGGCUGGGUAG